UGGGAGGGGGUAAGAGAGGCUUCCGAAGGGAGGCUGGGACCCUUGAAGCAGAGCGAGGCAGGGGAGAAGUCCUUGGCUGACGGAUUACUCUGAUCCCUUCUGUCCCCAGGAGAUUGGGAGAGCAGGUGAGCAGCCUCCACUAUGCGUGUGGUCGUGAUUGGGGCAGGAGUGAUCGGACUUUCCACUGCCCUGUGCAUCCAUGAAAAUUACCACCGCACCCUGCAGUCCCUGUCCAUCGAGGUGUACGCUGACCGCUUCACUCCACUCACAACCAGCGAUGGGGUCGCAGGCCUCUGGCAGCCCUACCUCUCCGAGGUACCGCAAGAGAGGGCUUGGGGCCGAAAGACCUUUGACUACCUACUGGGCUACAUCAAUUCUCCAGAAGCCAAGAAAAUGGGUCUAUUCCUCCUGUCAGGCUACAACCUCUUCCCCAGAGCUGUCCCAGAUCCUUCCUGGAAGGACACGGUUCUGGGGUUUCGCCAACUGACACCCCGAGAGCUUGAGAUGUUUCCUGGUUACAGCCACGGAUGGUUCAACACUACAUUGAUCUUGGAGGGCACUAGCUACCUGCCCUGGCUCACUCAGAGGUUAACUGAACGGGGAGUCAAAUUCUUCCUGAAAAAAGUUCAAUCCUUUGAGGAGGUGGCAAGGGAAGGGGCAGACGUCAUCAUCAAUUGCACUGGAGUGUGGGCUGGGCUGCUGCAAACCGAUCCGUUGCUGCAGCCUGCACGGGGACAAAUCCUCAAGGUCUUUGCCCCUUGGAUGAAGCACUUCAUUAUGACUCAUGAUCCAGAUGCUGGGAUGUACAAGUCCCCAUAUAUCAUCCCAGGGAGCCAGACAGUCACCCUGGGAGGUAUCUUUCAAUUGGGAAACUGGAAUGAGAAGAAUGAUUCCCAGGACCACAACACCAUUUGGGAAGGCUGCUGCCGCUUGGACCCCGCACUUCGGGAUGCACGCAUCAUGAGUACAUGGAGUGGUUUCCGGCCAGCCCGACCCCAAGUCCGGCUGGAGAGAGAGAAGCUAUCGCGUGGACCCUUCAAGGCAGAGAUCAUUCAUAACUAUGGCCAUGGUGGUUAUGGGAUCACCAUCCAUUGGGGCUGUGCCUUGGAGGUUGCCAAGCUCUUUGGGCAAAUCCUAGAAGAAAGGAAGCUGGCCAGCAUUCCUCCAUCUCACCUCUGAAGGUGCCUGGAUCUCAGCCUCCAAAGCCAGUCAUCCUCCAUCAUCCCCACCCCCUCCCCUUGAUUUAGUUACUCUACCUGUGAAUCCAGACGACUUCCUCCCACCCCCCUCCUCCCCAUCUCCAGCCCUUUGUGCCAAGAAGCCCAGGCCUGAGAAAAAUGAGAAAUGAAGAGGGUUCUCCUGCUAGACAGAAUAAAAAAUUCUAGAAUUCCAUGGCUCACUGGGUUCAGCACUGAAGACCAGAUUUUUCUCCUGGACAUUGGGAAGGGCAGAAUGAGGUAUGGCUGGUCAUCCACCAAAAGAUUUCAUGGAUGAAGAGUGUGCAAAGGCAAUCUAGUACGACUCAUGUCAUUUUACAGAUAAGGAAACUGAGGCCAGAGAGGUGAAAGUGAUUGUUCAAGGUCACACCAAUAGUGUCAGAUGUGUAUUGGCACUCAGAAUCACAGGAUAUUCGAGCCAUAAGGGAGCCUAGAGAUCAUCUUCUGCAAUGCUCCCAUUUUACAGAUGAGGAGGCUGAGGCUCUCUGAGCCCAUAGAGGGAAGCUGACUUGCCAGAAAGUCAUACAGCUAGUUCUAGAAUGCCAAUCUCUUCACUAGGUUAGGGCACUUAUUGCUGGACCACAGCACAGUGGGCCGGUGGGAGGGCAGAGCCAGAAGUCCCAAGCUCUAAAGAAAUAGGACAGCAGAGAAGGACCAUCCCAUGCCCUGGAUUUCUGGGCUCCUGAGCCGGUCUACUCAGCCUCAUGGCCCCAGCAGUCCCUCCUAACUCUCCCCUGUACCCCAUUCCAACCCCUUGGAAGUAUUACUCUACAUGGAAACCCUUUAGCAAGAAAAAAAACCUAACUCACUAAAUACCCUCCUUAUUUGACAAUCAGGAAUUAACGUCCUCUGGCCCUGGACCACUGGGGAUGAUGAAUGGGAUCCUGCAUGUUUAACCAAAAAAUAAACUGAAGAAAUGAUCCCUUUCCUGGA